AUGUUGGCGACGACGCCUGCCGACCUCGCUUACGCAGCACACGACCCUGCGAGCUUUCUCUUCCGGCCUGCGCGAGCGUCUCGACCUCCGCCUGAGCGCUGCCCACCUGAUACGCUUGCGGGGUUAUCGGCGUCCACAGGCGUCGUUGGCGACGGCGGCGAACCUGUAAAGGACGACGAGACCGCCCAGCCCACGACGUCGAGGAGGAAGAGGCGCAUCGCGAAGGUCGCAGUCGACGACACUCCGACUUCGCCGCCACCGACGCAGGACAAGCGCGCAAGAGCAGCACCAGCUCGCGAUCGGCCGCCCCGUCCUGCCAACGCCUGGAUCUGCUACCGCUCAGCGAUGGUCCACGAGCUGAAGUCGACGAAGACCUUCGCAAAGCUCCCGCAAGCCGACGUCUCCAAACUUGUCGGUCAGCUGUGGCGCGAGGAAGCGCCGGACGUACGGCGGCACUACGAGUUGGAGGCCGCAAAGCGGAAGAAGGAGCACAAAGAGGCUUAUCCUGACUACGUGUACCGCCCCGUCCGUCGCGAGAAGAGCGAGCGACCCGGUCGCAAGAAGACGGAGGGACCGGUUUCGCAACCUGUGCCACCUUUGAACCGGAUGAACGACUUCCCCAGCGUUCUUCAACCUCCCUCGCCGCCGGAGUCGACUGUCCAGUCUCCAUCACCAGACGUCCUACAGUUCACCCAGCCGCUGCCGUCGCAACCGUCCCUCCCGUUCUAUCCAGCACUUCGGCACGCCAACUUCGACCUCGCUCCCGCACCGCAGCCUCCCAAUUCCUUCGCCACCUUGCUCCCGACGCCGCCCGCCGAGUACCGCAGCGACCCUUUCCAGCCUCCUCUCCCUGUCCUCACUCCUUUCACCACCGUUGCGCCCGUCGAUCUCGAGCCGCCGAACCCGUACACUCGCUUCGAGCGGACAUACCUCACUCCGCCUCUGAGUGCCAGCUCCAUCAGCUCCGACUUUGGUACAGAUUGCGCCGCGCGCUCGGAGAACUAUCUGGACGUCUCAAUCACCUCGAUAGACCCAAGCCUCCUCGCAGCCCUUGACAGCCCUUUCUGA